AUGGCUUUUACCGUCUCCCAACAGCACAGUCAACGAGACAAUGGUGGUGCCGGAGAUGGAGCCCUACCCGACCUAUGCAUGGAGCAGCUGUGGAGUGAGACGGUCACAGCUAGCUGUCACAGGGAGAUGAGCAGCCCGGCGUCUAAAGUGUUCCUGACCACUCCUCUGCGAGAACCACUACCUCUGUUUCCUGGUGAGUCUCACCAACAGCUCAGAUGUGUGAAGUUCAUUGAGAGCAACGAUACGUCGCAGCUCAUCUUCGCCUCUGUCACAACCAUCCCUGCCAAAGAUGCAGAGCCUCUGCAGAAUAUAGACGCCAUGCUGGUCCUGGAGGCCUGUGGCAGUCUGGUUCUCUACACCGGAGUCACCAGGGUGAGUAAGGUGUUUGUCCCUGGCCUGCUGUCGCCGAGCUUCAGUAUGACCAACCACCUCUCUCACCUCAGCACGCCAGCGGAGAACGUCAGCACGCCGGCUAACGCUGGCAGUCGACAUCUCCAAAGACUGGAAGAGGCUGUCAUGCCUUCACCAGUGUUAGAACUGAGGGGUCCAACCAUCAAACACUAUGAAGCUUCGUUUUUAGAAGACUACACCUUCCAACAAACCACGCCCUACAUCCACGCCUUGCGGGACCCCGUCUGCAACCGCGUUACUCUGGAACUAAGCAGUGGUACGAUGCUGAGGAUUUCUGUCCCAGAGAUUGCUACCUCAGAGCUGGUGAGGAAAUGCCUUCAGGCGAUUCGUUUCAUCCUGCCCAAAGAAGCUGCCAUGAAGGUUUUGGUGAAGUGGUAUAACAUUUACAACGCCCCUGGUGGUCCCAGUGCUCACGCAGAGUGGAACCUGUUCGUCACGUGUUUCAUGAUGCUGAUGGGCUACAACACUGAGCGCCUCACCUGGACACGAAACCUGCAUUUUGAAGUGCCUCUCUCGCCGGUGAUUGCAGCCAAAAAGGCUCGUCCUUCUGAUGGAGGCUCUGAUGAGGACUGGGACUACUUGUUGGGGUCUCAUUACCAGCGUCAGAUGAAUUUCCAGCCUGUCUGCCGUCCAGUAGAUUCCAACAAUAUUCUCAUCACAGACACCGAAGGCCUGUCCUCUGUGUCCUCUCCCUCUAGUCCGUCUCUGAAGUUGGACAGUUCAGCUCCGCUCUUCCCUCACAUUCCUGCUCUUUUCUACGUACUUCAUCUGCUCUAUCAGGAGCUGCAGCUGGACGAGCUGCAGAGAGCAAGAGCCUCAUCACUGGUCUGUUUGCUGCAACAGCUGGCCAGAGAUCUCCAGUUGGAAGAGUAUGUGGAUCUGUACUGGAGAGACUACCCUUCAUUAAUUAGUGGCUUCAAUGAGAGCUGCGUCAUAGACCAGGCCCUGUUUGGUCAGAUGCAGCGUCCAUCCUUCCUGAGGGCAGAGCCUCCCUGUGUGCUCAGCUGGCUCAGUAGCUGUCUGAGGGGGGAGGAGGUCCCACCUUUCCCCUACCUGCCUGGCAUCUGUCAGAGGACCAGGUUGCUGGUUCUGAGUUACGCUCUCUACAUCACUGGAGAUGAAAAUGCUACCUCGACAGAUGUGUCAAAAUACCUGGCCAAACUCUCUGCAGGCCAGAAGUGUUGUACCAGUGAACCGCACUACAGAAGACAGAGCAGUGUGAAGGUUACGUUCUCCAGCGGCAGUCUGGCUGAGCAGCUGGUGGUCUGGCUCACCUCAGAAGGUUUCACCCUGAAAGACCUUGAGUCGGUCCCCUUCGGCGUGGCUUUGCCCAUCAGGGAGGCCAUCUACCGUUGCCGGGAGCAGCCGUGUUCUAAUUGGUCAGAGGAGGUCUGUCUGCUGAUUGGGCGACAGGAUCUGACCAAACAAGCCCACAAGAUGACCCUGGCCAAGAGCAAAUCUUCUGUAGGUUCUGGUCUGUCCUUGGAGCCUCCUGCAACCACAGAAGCAGAUGAGGAGGAAGAUGGCAUGUCAGACAUUAUCCAAGAGGUCACAGGACUGAUCUGGAGUCAGGAUCUGAGGGUCCAGGAGGUCAGGAGGCUCCUGCAGAGCUCCAGGCCAGUCCGGGUCAGCGUCGUCCAGUUACCGGAGGUUUCUGACCACGAGUACAUAGAAGAGAAAGAGAACAAACUCCUGCAGUUGUGUCAGAGGACCAUGGCUCUUCCAGUCGGUCGAGGCCUCUUCACUCUCUUCUCCUAUCACCCUGUACCGACUGAACCUUUACCUGUCCCGAAACUCAACCUGACAGGUCGAGCCCCUCCUCGAAACACUAUGGUAGACCUGAACAGCGGAAACAUUGAUGUUCCACCGAACAUGACCAGCUGGCCCAGCUUCCAUAACGGAGUAGCUGCCGGACUCAAAAUAGCCCCUGCUUCACAGGUGGACUCAGCCUGGAUUGCCUACAACAAGCCAAAGAGCCCUGAGCUGGCUAAUGAAUAUGCAGGCUUCCUUAUGGCCCUGGGCCUCAACGGACACCUCACCAAGCUGGCCACGCUCAACAUACACGACUACCUCACCAAGGGCCAUGAGAUGACCAGCAUCGGGCUCCUUCUGGGCGUGUCUUCGGCCAAACUGGGCACCAUGGACAUGUCAAUUACCCGUCUACUCAGUAUACACAUCCCUGCCCUUCUCCCACCCACCUCCACUGAGCUGGACGUACCACACAAUGUUCAGGUUGCUGCUGUAAUUGGCAUUGGGCUGGUGUACCAGGGAACGGGACACAGACACAACGCUGAAGUCUUGCUAUCUGAGAUAGGUCGACCUCCUGGUCCAGAGAUGGAGUACUGCACAGACAGAGAGUCCUAUUCACUAGCUGCUGGUCUAGCCCUGGGCAUGGUCUGUCUCGGGCAUGGCAGUAACCUGAUUGGGAUGACAGACCUGAAUGUCCCCGAGCAGCUGUAUCAGUACAUGGUGGGAGGCCAUCGCAGGGCUCAGGCCGGAGCCAACAGGGAGAGACACAAGUCCCCCAGCUACCAAAUCAAGGAGGGAGACACUAUAAAUGUGGAUGUGACGUGUCCAGGGGCCACGCUGGCCCUCGCCAUGAUCUACCUUAAGACCAACAACAGGUCGAUUGCUGAUUGGCUGAAGCCUCCGGAUACGUGGUUCCUACUGGAUUUUAUCAAGCCUGAGUUUCUGCUGUUGAGGACUCUGGCUCGGUGCAUUAUCAUGUGGGAUGAAAUCCUCCCUAAUACUGAGUGGGUCAAGAGUAACAUACCCCAGAUCAUGAGGGGAACUUUUGACCCUUCAGAAGACAUCAACAUGGAGACAAUGGCCCAAGCCCAAGACUACAUUACAGCCGGAGCCUGUAUGGCAUUGGGUUUACGCUUCGCCGGCUCUGCCAACUCCGAUGCCUUCGACUGCCUCUAUGAGUUUGCCAGGACCUUCAUGAAGAUCAUGUCAUUCGCUGGCACAGCUGCCGUUCAGACGGGUUAUUACAACCUGCAGACCGGUCUGUCAAUGAUUCUGCUGGCUAUGUCCAUGGUGAUGUCCGGCACCGGGAACCUGAAGGUCCUGCAGCUCUGUCGCUUCUUCCACAAGCGAACCGGGGGCGAGAUGAACUACGGCUUUCACAUGGCUCAUCACAUGGCACUGGGCCUGCUCUUCCUGGGAGGGGGCAGGUACACUCUGAGCACCUCCAAUUCAGCCAUCGCUGCUCUGCUGUGUGCCCUGUACCCGCACUUCCCUGCUCACAGCACUGACAACCGCUACCACCUGCAGGCCCUCCGUCACCUUGCUGUGCUCGCCGCAGAGCCUCGCCUGCUGGUACCUGUGGACGUGGAUUCCCUGAAGCCCUGCUACGCCCUCUUAGAGGUCACCUACAAGGAGACCAAGUGGUACGAUGAGACGACUGUCGAACUGAUGGCUCCCACCAUGCUCCCCGAGCUGCACCUUCUUAAACGGGUAAAAGUGAAGGGGCCACGAUACUGGGAGCUGUCCGUGGACCUGAGCAAAGAAACGCAGCAUCUAAAGUCCAUCCUGUCCAGAGAUGGGGUGUUGUAUGUAAAACUACGAGCCGGCCAGCUGCCUUACAAAGACGACCCGCAAGGCUGGAAGAGCCUGCUUGCCUCCACCGUCAACCACCGCAACUCUGGAGUCAGAGCCUUCAAGCCUGAAGCCAUCUCCACAUUCACCUCAGAGCCGGCCCUGGUCUCCUUCGCUGAGUUCUUCUGUAAAACAUCUGAAGGAAUGAAACACAGGGAGGAUUCUCUCGUGUUGUUCUCUGCGAUGCUGUAUGAAUGCGUGACGCAGGAAUGUCCAGAGAUGCUGCCGACGUAUAUCGCAAUUGAGCAGGCGGUGGGCGCUCUGCGGCGUGGUGACCUGCUGCAGACCUUCCCCUUGUGGCAGAUGCGUCUGGUGGUGGAGUUGUGGGACAGCAGGGUGCUGCGGGGUCCCGCCAACCGCCACGACGCCCUGCUCACCUCCGAGUUUCUGCCUGUCAUGAAGAACAUGGUGGAUGUAGCGCUGGACAGCUGGCUCAAAGACAACAGCGCAGUGUUGAGGUCCUACAUGAGGGGUGAAGCCCUUCCUAAGGAUGCACAGUCCAUUGUUUUGGCCUGCUUCCUGGUGUACCGGUCCAUCCCUUGCCUCAGGAACACACACACACAGCUGGAGGGUUGCAGCUCACUUGGAGAGUUAUUGUCGCGCAACAGCCACUUGGGCAUCCCUCUUAGAGACCUGCUGAGGCUGGUACCCAUCCUGUUCGGCUCUGCAUCCGGACCACAGACACUGCAGGGCUUCCCUAUGCAAGCAUUUUGAUCCUGGUGCUCAGUACUAGCCCAUCUGGCUAGUAACCACUCAGAGAUGCAGUUCAUAGCCUUACGUUCCCACUGCGAGCACAGGUAGGACAGAUAACUGAUUUCCACCUGCAGGUGUGUGCCGUAAGUGGGACAAAUGUGACCAUAAGAGGUCUUGUGUCUUACUGUGGCAUGGCUGCCCUGCCUCUGAGAGGAACUGUUUUGGAAAAUCCAGACUUUGAAUUGAAUAACUAAUAUUAUAGUUUGUAAGAUAAUAUUUCUAUUUAGUUGUUGUUGUUUUUUUACAGUUAGGCUGCAUUAAUGAUGCAGUACACGUGCCAAUUUUGUGGUACAACAAAUCCAGACUUAUUUUGAUGUGUACCACUUGCUCAAAAGUUCAGCGGCAGACAACUUUUCUCCACCGCCAAACAAGGACCGAAAGGACUGGUCAGUACAAAGUGGAAAGGACUUUGCUUGUUGAGAGCUGUAGAGCUCUCCUAAAUUCAUCUCACUGUGUCGUGAGGAAGAGGACACGACAGCAAGACAAUAAAAUAGAAACAUACAGACACGCUUCAUGAAUACUGUGGUUUAUUUCGUGUCUUGAUGUUUCCCCAUGAGCCUCAGUCUUUGCAGCAAUCAAGAUAUCAACUGCCUUUAUUGUUUUGUCUUUCUUUUUCUUUUUUUAUGUUCACCAAUUUGAAGAAAAUCUUGCGGGGAGGGAAAAAAAAAGUGUAUUUCUGAGAUAUCUAACAUUUCACCCAAAAACCAGUUGCUCAUUAAACCACUUAGAGAACCA